UGUAUUACGCAUCAAUUGACCAAUGAAAAACAAGCCGAAGUAGCCCAGUGCUCAACGAAAUGAUACGGCGCCCGCCGAAGUUCAUAGAAAAUGGUAAAAGUAGGGAGAGAAUAAUAAAAAUAAAAAAAAAUAAAAAAAACCCCGAAGGACGCCUUUGUCUGUACACACAAGAGAAAAAUAGAAAGAGAUAAAAUUAAUUCUAUUUCUGUCACGUAUAACGUACACAUAUAAAAAUUUUCAGCUGAAUUUCGUACAUAUAAAAAAAAAAGCCUUCAAAAGUAUCAUCAUCAUAAUUAAUACCUUGUGUCAUAUUGUGUUUUCAUAUAUUCAACGUAAAUAUCAGCGAAAAAUAUAUUAAAAUUAUCAAUAUAAUAUUGUUAUUAAGUGAUUAUAUUAAAUUAUUAACACCGGUGUUAAAUCAAAAAAAAAAAUUUACUCAAUUUAAUGCCAAUUUAUUGUGAAAAAAUGUCUUCUUUCAUGGAACGAUUUAUGCAGUAGCAAAAGGUGAUAGAAAAAAAAUAAAUAACAAACGAAAAUUUCGAUUUUUAUUUCGUCAAAGUUUGGACAAUAUUUUUUAAAUAAAUAAUUAAAUAUUUAUUUGUGUUAAUAGUGUGUAAAAAAAAUACAACGUUUAUUUUGAAAUAUUUUGGAAAUUUUUUUUUUUUUUCCUGUUUAUUUUGAGUGUUGUUAUCUCUGGGGGCCGCUUGUUUGGCUCAUAUCGCGCGUCACGUCAUUUUGUCCAUUGUUAUUUUUGUGAAAUAAAUAAAAAUAAUAAUAAUUAAUAAAUAUCUUUUGUUGAAAAUAAAUUGAUAUAUUAAUAAUUACAGCUGUGAUUUAUUGAUAUAUUUAUUUUGUGUAUAUUAAAAAGACGUCGAUCACUGUAAUGUACCAAAAGUGUGACACUGAGGAAUACUCCGUUACAUCUACGAUUAAAUUCGUACAUUCAAAGAGGAAAGGAAUCUUUAUAAACAUUCAAAAAAUGCUUCAAUGUUCAAUAAAUAUUAAAAAUAAUAUAAGUUUAUUAAAUUUUUAUUUAUACUGAAUUAAUAACAUUGUAUUUAAAAAACAAAACAAUCAUCAAUAUAAUAUUGAUUUAUUAUUAAUAUAUUCUUGAAUCAAUUAUUUAAGAAUAAUUAAUUAUUAAACGUCAUUGAGCUGAAAAUUCAAUUGACAAAAUCAAUAAACAAAAUAACAAUUUAUUUGUCAGAAAAAUAAUUUAUAUUUAUUAUAUUUUUUCAUCUUUGCUGUAAUAAUUUUCAAGAUUAAUAUUAAUAAAUAUAAAGAAAGCAUUAUUAUUCUGAUUUAAAUAAUUUUCAACAAAUAAAAAUACAUCAAAAUGAAGCUGUUAGAGAGUACUCGAUUUGAGGCAAUAAACAGUUCUCUUUGUAUUAAAACUGGAGACAGUAAAAUCAUUGGAAGAAUCGAGAGUUAUUCAUGUAAAAUGGCUGGAAAUGAUAAACAACUUUAUAAAAGAUUUAAUGCUGAGCUUGGUUUUACACCACAUGACCUUCAAGCAUUGUCACCACCACAAACAUCACUUGGCACAUCACCAGCUCAAAGUUAUUACAGUCGUAGUAUAUCUGGUGAUGAGGAUGGACCACUUUGUGAUACAAUAAGCAGAAAAACAUUGUUUUAUUUAAUAGCAACAUUAAAUUCAGCAUUUCAUCCUGAUUACGAUUUUUCUGAUGCCAAAAGUCAUGAAUUUAGCAAAGAGCCAAGUCUUCAAUGGGUCAUGAAUGCUGUUGAUAGUAAUUUAAGUGCAACAGCUGGUGAUCAUUAUAGAACAUUAAGAUCAGCACUUUGGUCUGCUCUUGAAGAUGAAAUAUCAAUGAAUGAAUGUGAUAUUUAUAGUUAUAAUCCUGAUUUAGCAUCAGAUCCAUUUGGUGAAGAUGGCUGUUUAUGGUCAUUUAAUUAUUUCUUUUACAACAAAAAACUUAAGCGUAUUGUUUUUUUCACAUGCAGAACAAUUAAUCCUCUUUACGUAUUAGAUUCUGGCAUUGGCAGUGAUUUUGCAAUGGAUGAGGAGGAUGAUGAUGACAAUUAUUAAAACAAAAAUAUAAAAAAAACCUUGAAAUAUAUUUAAUAAUUUUUUUCUUCAGUUAGUGUAAUAAAAACAUUAUGUUUUUAUCAUUAUUUUUCUUAUCAUGAUAAUCGCUUACUUUGACAGAUAAGCUUGAUAUAUAAAAUUUCACUUUUUUCUUCUUUAUAAUUAAUCAACGAAUUUUGGUGUUUAAACAUAUCAAUAAUAAUACUUCAAUGUUAAAUUUAAAAUUAAAAACAAUAACAAUACUAUUUUAUCAUUAUUUUCAUUAUUAUAUUUUCAAUUGUUCAGCUAAAAAUAAGUUGUUUGUUGUUUGUUUGUUUGAAAAUUCGUCGAAAUAAAAAAUACCGGCCGAGAGAUAAAAAAUAAUCAUCUUUGAUAAAAAGAAAAUAAUAUAUAUAAAAAUAAACAUCAUCAUUAAGAAUUGUACACAAUUAACUUGAAAAAAAUCAAGAUUAAUAUUAUAAUUAUCAAAAAGUUGAAUAAACAAUUAAUAAUAAUAAUAAUUAACUAAAAAUAAAACAUCAAAGUAAUUUCUUUUUUUUUUUUUUUUUGUUUUCAUUAACAUUAUAUAUGUUUUUACUUGAUUCAAAACAGGUACAUAUAAAAUAUCAAUAAAAUAUUGCGUUAUAGUGUUGGUGAUGUAUAAAUAUGGACAUAAGAAUGAGUGGUAUUAUAAAAAAAAAAUAAAACAAGUACGUAAAAGAAGAAGAAAAAAAUUAUAUAUUUUACGCACUGAAUAAUAAUGAAAUCAUGGUUUUGUUUUAUUGUUUUUUUCUUGUCUAGAUGGUAAAAUAUUUGUGUUUAGUAUUUAAUUUACAUCAGCUUAAACAAAAAUAAUAAUUUGUGCAAUUCAAAUUUAAAUGCAGUAGUGAGAAAAAUACUUAUGUACAAUGAUAAAAAAGAAAAUGAAAUUUGUGAUAAAUUAUAUUAGACAAAGUCCGUAUUUAUUCUAUUUUAAUAAUAAUAAUAAUUAAUAACAUGUAUGGUAUAUUGUUUAAAAAAAAAAAAAUUAUACAAUUGUGUAACAAUUAAAUUUAAACAAUCUAAAAAAUAGGCCAUAAAUUUGAAUAUUAUUUUAGUGUUAAAAUCAAAAUGAAAUAAUAUAAUAAAAUAUCAAUUACAUAUAAUAAUUCUUUUUUUUCUUUCUAAAAUAUAUAAUAUAUAAAAUUUGGAAUCAAAUAAUUAUUUAAAAUCUAUUAUCGGUAUUAUUUUGAGUUAACAAUUAAUUAUUAUUUGUACAUCAUAACUUCGGGUGAUUGAUACAUACACAUGUAGGCAUCACAAAGAAGUCUUUUAGCAUGUUCAGGUAAUUGUCGAUCA